AUGAAGGAAGAAGGAAGGCGCACCAAGAGGAAAGCAGGCGUGUGGGCCCAUCAGAAGCCGUGCACAGCGGGUGCUCUGGGACCUGGAGGGGCCGAGGAGCCCCACUCUGAUCCAACACCAGCCGGUCCUCCUGCCGGGGUCCCCCCAGGUUCUCCUGCUGGGGUCUGCUUGGCGCUCAGAGAUGCGGGGGGAGGCGCGGACACCAGCACACGCGACGGACUCCCGUUGGAGUUUGAGUGCUGGAGAGCGGAGGCCAUGCUGCAGCUGGAGAAAGACCUCUCAGCCGUCCUGCUGACCCUUUGUGGACUGAGGGGGCUGGACUUCCCUCUGCCCUUCUUCUGGCAUGAGCAGAUCCAGGCUUCAGGGAAGACUAGGCCCCCGUUCCCCAGGGCCCCCCCCACCAGUCUGGACCUGGGUGGGGGGGGGCUCCCCGGCCUGGGCAGGCUGCUGGGCUGGGCCUGCUCCCCGGACACACUGCAGGCCCCUCAGACAUGGCUGGUCCAGCAGGAGCCAGACCCCAUUCCUGUGGAGGGUCCAGGCCAGCUGGCCCUGCAGGAGAAGACCCCCUCUGAGGUCCAGAGAGAGCCCAGGGCCCCCCCAGUACAAGCAGGACAUGAGCCGUCUGAAGGUGGAGGAACAGGUUGGGGCUCUGAGCACCAGACUUCACAAGAUGUCCCCCUCCAGCCCCCUGAUGAGUCCCUGGAGGUCCACUGGCAGGACCUGCUGGCCCUGCUGGAGCCUCCGAACACACCUGAGGAAAUGACGGUGUCAGCUCUUGGUGAUGGGGAGUCCAGCCCAUGUGGGACUGACGCUCGGCCUGACCUGAACCCACUCACAGGGACUCUGCCACACGAGUCAGCCCUGCUUCCUCUGACUCCCAGUGGAGAGCUGGACGACCACCCUUCCCUUCUGAGCCCAGUGACCGCGUGGACCAGCUGGAGCAUGGACUCCCUGCAGGAUGCCUCACAAAACCUGUCCAUGGGACUACAUGCAGAGGAUCACAGGGCUGCCUACGACAGGACUUUGAACACACAGGACGAUUUGUGUAUGAGGAAACCUAAGAGACUUUUUCAAGCUGAACUGGCUGCUCCAAGUUUCCCCCCCGGCUUUGACCCACUGCUGAUGGCCCAAAGCCUUGUGGACCCUCCUCCCAGUGCCUUCCUGCUGCAUGAGGGGGAUGGAUAUGGUCUCUGCAGCCCACUCACUGGCCUCCUGGAGGACGCUACAGUGGAUGGCAUCGGCUUGUCUGACUGUCCCGCCUAUGAGGUAGCUGAGCAGAACCCCAGCAGAAACUUCCCCUCCACACCAGUUCAGGACCAACCAGGUAGGCCAGAGGGUCACUUAGGAACAGGAACUAUUCACUAUGAACCUGUGAGCUCUGGUCUCCUGGUUCCAGGCGUGGGUGGCGCGCAGCGGGACAGCGGCCUCUCUUUGGGCUCCAGCCGGAGCCCCGCCUCUGAAGACGAGCAUGCUGAGGCAAACCUAAAUGGUUGGGAUUGGGAGGUGGAGGAGAUAAAGCAGGAAGCAGUCGGAGGGUGUUGUGAGGACGGCAGAGACUUUGGGCUCCACAAAGCGCUGCAUGGCUGUUUCUGCCGGGGGCACAUUGGGCAUGAUCACACCUAUACCCAGUCCUCCGGCUCUCCUCCCUCUCUGGUCAAGAGGCACCACAGACGCUCCAAACCUGCUGUGAGAUGUGAAAACAGCAACCCAUACCAGCGCCGCCCUCCCCGGGGCAGAACCAGGGGCCGGGAUGGGCAGCGCGCCCAGUCCCUCAGGAUCCCCUUCCCCCCUGAGCUCAUAGUUGACCUGUCUGUGGAGGACCUCCAGGAGCUGCUCAGCAGCUUCCCCCUCACCAAGAAGCAGCUGCUGUUCGUCAGGGACAUCAGGCGGCGCGGCAAGAAUAAGAUAGCCGCCCAUAACUGCAGGAAGAGGAAGCAACAAGUGCUGCUGGGACUGGAGCAGGACGUCUCCAGGUUGAGGCGGCAGAGGUCACAGCUGCUCAGGCAGAAGAAGGAGGCCCUGAGGGACUGGAGGGAAAUGCAGAGGCGGCUGGGAAUGCUUCACCAUCACACAUCUCACAGGCUCUGGGAUGAGAAACAGCAUCUGCUCCCCUUUGGACCUGCUGGGAGCAUAACCAGUGACGCGGUGUGACGGAAAACCCCAAGGAAGCAAGGGGUAAGAAGAAGAGAAAGGUCUCCCUCCAGAGCCGUGGAAGGGGUCUAAGGCCUGACACAGCACAGCGAUCGGGGAGCCAGCGGCUACAGAGUCCCCUCCUGGUUCAGCUCCUCCUGGUUCAAACCAACAACACUCAUCUGAGGAAGAGACGGCAGGAGCUCUGCUCAAGCUGGCUGAAACAGAGUCGCUGACACUGAGGGGAGACUGGACAGAGGACACGAAGAGCUCCGGCACCAUAUUUGACACAGGCGGUGGCUGGAGUUCAGCUGCUGCUGAGCCCGGAGGCUGACCCCUGCCUCUGGGGCCGGUGGGCCGCUAGCUCAUGUCAGACAGGAACAGGAGAAGGUCUAGGACCAGGCAAAAUGUAAAACAGCCGUUACUGGUGCAGCCCAUCAGAGGCUAUACGCACCAAUAAGGUCCACGCUUGCUCAUCCAGUAGUAAUAAAAAUAAAGACAGCC